AUGAUUGGAAUUGAAUCCUUAGCUAAGGAAAUUAAGUAUUCCUUAAAAAGCAAAAAUGUACUUAGAUUCUAAUUAAUAAAGGCUGAUGAAAUGAUCAUGGACUCUUAUCUUUUAGGAUUUCUAUAAGGAAAGAAUCAUAAUAAAAAUAAUUUUGCAUAAAAUUUAGAACUAAUCAAAAAUUUAAGAGAAUUUAUUGAGAUACAAGUGUAUACAAAUGAAUAGAUUUUAAAUCUAUAUAAUAGAACUUUAAAUGGAAAUGAAGAUGUUUAUUUUAUUUUUUAAUAUGUUAGCUUCUACAGCUUUGUAAUAAUAUUGAAGAAAAUACAUUUAAGUAAAUCACCUUUUUUAUUUAGAAUUGAAUAAUUCAAUGAAAAUCAAUUUUAACCAAUAAAGUGUUAAGUUAUUUAAAACAAUUAAUAAUAAUAGAAUUCAAAUUAAUAGAAUUUUUAAAUAUUUGAAGAUGAAGAAGAAAAGAAUUUACAAUUUGCUUAAAGAAUAUAACUUGAGUAUAUUUUAAAUAUUAAUAUAUUUUAGACUCGAUACAUAAUAUUUGAAGGAGGUAAAUACUUAGAUAUAGAUGGAGGAUAUGAUAAGAAAGAAGAAGAAAUAAUAAGAAGAUGAAUAAAAAAAUUAAAUUGAAUGUAAGAUAUGUUUGGAAGUUAUUCCUUUUGUUGAAAUGGCAACUUUACAAUGUUCUCAUAUUUAUCAUUAAAAAUGUUUGAAUCAAUAUUGUGUUACUUAAAUAUAAGUACGUCAAUUCCCUCUCUGUUGUCCCACCAUUGAAUGCAAAAAACCUAUGAUCUAUUCUGAUUUAACUGAAGUAUUAGAUGAUCAAAAUCUUUAUGAAUUUUAAUAGUUUACUUUCAAAUAAUAUGUUGAAAGUCAUGGUGAUGAAGUAUAUUAAAUAUUUCAUUAUUAAGUAUUCAUGGUGUCCAACUCCUGAUUGCUAAUAUGUAUUUAUAGCUGAUGAUGCCUAAUUUAAUUGUCCUUCUUGUACGAAAUCCUAUUGUCUUCAUUGUAAAAUAGAAUAUCAUCAUGGAUAAACAUGUUAAGCUUAUAAAGAGAAAAUCUAAAAUGAAUUAAGACAAAAAAACGAAAAAAUUUUAGAUGAUUAAUUCUUUUAAUUUGUUUAAGGUGCUAAAUAUAAACAAUGUCCUUAAUGUAAAUUUUGGGUAGAAAAGAAUUAAGGAUGUAAUCAUAUGACUUGUAGAUGUAAAUUUCAAUUUUGUUAUGUUUUUGGAGGUGUUUAUGGUAGAUGUCAUUGUAGAUGAA